AUGGGCAAAGUUCAGUACCUCGCGAAUUUGAAGAAACAUGCAGCUCAGGUGUUUUCGGAGAAGGGCGAUGAGGAGACUUCAUUCCAAUACUGCUGA